CAGACCAAAAGGUACACCUCAAUCGCGCUCCCUUGACGCUCAUUCUAGCAGCCUCGAGCAUCACGCGAGCCAUUGAGCUGACGGCAGCUCCCAGAACACGCUUCCCGCAUCGCUACCUUGCACUGCCCCUUCUCGCUCGCCAAGCAGCCUACCCAACAAGGCAAACCCAUACCAUCACCAUGACUGAACCACUCUCCAAGGUCGACUCUGCCGUCGAGGGUCUCUCUGGCUCGCCCCCCAAGGAGAAGGCAAAGCGUAGAGCGAGUUCCCACGUUCCCGGCGUGUACAACAUUCUUGACCUCGAGGAAGAGAAGACUGAGAUUGAGCUUGCGCCAGAGACGCAAAAAACAGGAUGGAAGAUCAACACGAGCUCCGGCACUGUCGAGGACAAGGACAUCCUCAAGCUGCACCUCACAAAGCCACCAGUCAAGCGGAUCGACCUCCACUUCCCACUAGGCAUGGAGGUGACGGCAAGGAACCUCAAGGGCGUGACCAUCAAGGACGCCAUGGACGCUAUUCACAAGGCGUACAAGAAGAAGUCGGAUGACGAGCUUGACAACCCCUACCUCAAGGGCUUCGAGUGGGACAAGGAGGAGUCGUGGACCCGCCUCGUCGUGCACCUGCAAAAGGACGCCGGCCUGCCAGCGGGCGGCGGCAAGAAGAAGAAGAGCAAGAAGGAGGAGGAGUAAGGAGGCGGUUGUCUCGUUUCCGCUCUCCGUCGCUCCAUGGUCAUGGCCUCGUUUU